GCGGCCGAGGCGGCCCACGAUUUGCAGCCUCGGAGGAGGAGGAUGUGGAGCGGCGGCGGCGGCGGCCCCUCAGGAGACCUAAGACGUCGGACCCCUGAGAGCUCGGAGCCGAAGGCCGAGGUCCAGGAUGGCUCAUUGCCUGCGGGCUCUUUUCACAAAAAGAGGGUGGCGAAGAGGCCAGGAUACAUGAGAACAGAAGUGCUGCAGCAGAUAGGAUUUCAGCCUCUUUCUGACUGUGAACCCUUCGUCCCCAGAGGGCUUGAGCAUAAUGGCAGAAAACACUACAGAGAAUUUAAAAAUUGCUUUCUGAAGAGGCGAUGCAAAAAUGAGUUGGGAUUGUUCCAUUGUAAUGCUUGUGUAAACGGCCCCUCGGUUUCCCCAGAUGUGGGAGCUGGAUCGCCUACUGCUGGAAAUAAAGCAGACAGUCUCAGACCCCUGGCUGAUUUCAGAGUGCAACAAUCAGAAGAUCUAAUUCAACCUGUUUGUCCUGUGGUUGCCAUCUAUAAAAGAGAUCUGUUGCCUGCAUCCAGCUCAUCCUCACAGCAGACUAAUUUGCUUGACUCUGUGAAGGAGACUGCUCUUGGUGGUGGAGCACAGGAGAAGGAAAGAAUGCAUGCUUUGGAUCAGAAGGAAGAGAACAACAACCAGGAAUCUGAAAGCAGGGACAUGCCUUGUAGCUCUUCCAGUCUUCAGAAUCACUUUAAUUCAAGUUUUAGCUUCAUACAGCUCUCGCUAAAUUCAGCUUGUGAAACAAAUGACAUUGGAGGCCCAGUAGACCGUAAAGAGCCUAAAGAAGCUUGGCAAACAUGCAAAGCAGGAAGAGCAGAAAAUGUUAAUUUGCAUGUACCUUGGGAGGAACAAAGAACUUCAGGGAAAGAACUGUGGGCUUCAUCCAUCUCUCCAUGUAGCAAAGACCACAAGUGCCCAAGGGAGACUGGAGAAGAUGAUAAAGUGCAGGAUUGUGAAUCACACUCACUUUCACAUUCGAAUGCUGCAUUUUCCUGUUCAACUGAGUCUUUGGAAGUAGCAUCUGCUGGUUCUUCUGUGACCUCAGGCUAUGAAAGUAGUAACACUGUUAGUGAUCACAGCUGGGAUUCCCUGAUGAAGAAAUAUGAGCCAGUGCUACAGGACUGCUUGCUGGGCAACCAAAGUAUAUUAAAGAUAAAAUCCUUAAUAAGAAAGCUUCAAAGACUUCAAGCGAAGGCGGUAGCUGAGGAUGAUUAUGAGAGGGCUGAUAAAUUUAGAAGAAAACUUGAAGAGCUGGAGAAAGAGAAAAGUUCACUAAAAUUUCAGCUUCCUUCACAACAUCCUUCAAUUAGCAGCUUUUUGGAGAGAUUUAAAGCACAGGUUCAAGUGGCAUUGUAUGGGGAAGUUCCUAGAGAAGAAAAACAGCUGUUGCAGAGACAUGAACAGAAGAUUUUAAAUUUUCCUCACCAUGAAAGACUACUAAUUUCAGCCACAAAACGAGAUCAGCUGCUUGAAGAAAAGGCAUGGAUACAGAAAGAAAUUGAAAUCCUUAGAGCAAGACUGGCUGUUCUAGAAGCUAAAGAUCAACAGCUAAGGAGAGAAAUUCAAGACCAAGAUCAGUUCAUUCAGAUGCAGGACUGUGAGUUGUCUACCUUGCUUAGCUGGGUAUCGCUUGGAGAGCUGCAAGAAAUAGGCAAAGCCUUGACUGAAACUUCAAAGGCAUCACAUAAUAUUCCAUGGACUUUGGAUUUACCAGAGUCCCUUAAAAGGCUUAAAGAAAAAGAGCAAUCGCUCAAUAUGUCCAUUAAAGAUACAGCUGCCAGAGUGUGUACCAGUCAGAAGCUGUGCAGCACUUUAAGGAGGAAAGUGAGUGAUAUUGAGACUCAACUACCAGCUCUUCUUGAAGCCAAAAUGCUUGCUGUUUCAGAGAAGAAGUUGAAGGAAGAUAUUGUCAGGUACAUGGAAGUGCUGGAGGAAAAACUGCAAAGCUGUGGGAGCCAGCUUCUUGAAAGAGUGUGGGAAGUUGACUUAGAGGCCUGUCAACUGUUGAUCCGAGGGUUUCAGCUGAAAGAAGGUGGUUGUUGUGUUUCCGAGGGCGAAGAAGAGAGACAAACAGAUGAAGUGGAAGAUACUGCCGAUGCCUCUUUGAGCACCAACCGGGAACAAUCAAAACACUUUCCACUUCAAGAUUCCAAGUGGAGAACUCUCCAGCGCCCUGCUAUCCAAAGCAAACACCAGAGUACACACUGGGAACUGAAAGAGGAAUUUCAUAUACUUACAGCAGAACUUGACAAGAAAUGUGAAAAAAUAAGUGAGAAGCUGAUGCACCUGGAAGAUCAACUUCAAACAGCGCUCUGCGGCUGUGAUGAAGACCUUAUUCAGUCUCUACAGAGAGAGAUCCAGAUGGUGAAGGAAACUCUCCAGGCCAUGUUGGUGCAGCUCCAGCCAGCUAAGAAGGCUGAGGAAGAUGCUGCUGUCGACUUCCUUGGUGGCAGCUGGUGUCCGGGAAAGGAAGGCUUAGAGGAAUAAUGAGCAGGAAGACUCAGCGGGGCGGGCAGGGGGGGAGAGAGUUUCAUUCAAAAGGGUUGCUUUCAAGAGCUGAAUACUGUCUUAGGAGGCCUCAAGGAUUCUUCCCAUCUCUGCAUAACUAAUAACAACUAAAUCAAUUAUUGGAUAUGGGGAGGGGGAGACCCUGAAAGGUAUUGUAACUUGCAUGUUCACUGGGUCAGAUCUGGAAACAGUUUUUGAAGCCCUGUGUCCCAUGCACUCUUUGGUGUGACAGUUCCAAACUGAUGUGUCUGAACAGAUGCACCAAGGGUGAGACUUAUGCAACAAAGCUGUAGCAAUAUGCUUAUGCACUCCUUUCUAGUUUUGCCCACACCUGACAAUGUAAUGUGGAGACCUGCGCAUUCAAAAGUCACAAGUGCCUGUUCUAAAGAGCAGUGGCUAUUGCAAGUGGCUAGCCUUAAUUGCACUGCCAGUGAUACAACAUGUUCAGUGGUGGCCUUUUUGUUCAGAGGUGGGGAAGCUAUUGCUAGCCGUAGUUGGACUCUGAUUCCCAUCAGCCCUAGGCAGCAUGGCCAGUAAUCCCGGAUGGUGUGAGUGAGGUUUGACAACAUCUGGAGGACUGCAGGUUCCUGCCCCGCCCCCAGUUUAGGGACAGGGUUGCAUUGGGGUGUGUGGUGUGCCCUCUAG